AUGGAAAUAGAUUUCGCACCAUCGCAUAAUCCAACAUUAUUUGGUUCAUUAUCAGUCUCUCCACCAACAUCAAUGUUCGAUUCAUUCUCGCCAUUACUUCAUUUAAAUGAUGAUUUUUUGGAUGUAUUAAAUGCAACCAAUGACGAUGACGACGUUGAAGAUUGGAUGAAACCUCUAUUAUUUGAUCAAUUGCUCGAACAUGAUUUCCAGCAGAAUUUUCUGAAUUUCAAUGAUAUUGAAAUAAAAGAAGAAACACAAGAAAAUGAAAAAGAAAAACUAACUAAUUCCUCAUUGAAUAUUCAAGAGAAAUUCAAAAUAAAUAAUAAUUAUUCUCAAUCACAAUCGACAAUACGAAAGAAUGACUUUUUUCAUCAACAAUUUUCUGAACAACAAUUACCAUCAACAACAACAACAACAACAACAACAACAACUGUUCGUUUAAUACAUCAAGCGAAAAUUGAACCAGCGGAAAUACCAACAACAUUAUAUCUUAGCAGUAAUGAAUUGCAAUUUCAUCCAAUAGUUACAUCAAAUAAUAAUGGAAAAACAUUUGGUCAUACCUAUACAACAACAACAUCAUCACCAAUCCCGUCAGUACCCAUUCAAUCAUCGUUACCUAUUGUACCGGCAAGAGUAUUAAAAGGAAAGAAAUUCAAACGUGGUGGUCGAGUUACAUCACGAGCAACAUCUAGAAAUAGUGCAGCAGCUAAAAGACGAUUAAACUCCACAGGAGCAGAACCGAAAGCCAGUGUUGUCAUAAUUGCUGAAGAUGCAACAAGAAUUGAUUCCAAAACUACUACAUUAGGCUUAAGUUCAACAAGUAGUAGCGAUACAGAUCUAUUAAAAUCUUCGUCAACAACAACAACACGUUCAUCAACACGUCGUCGUGUUAAAUCAUCGCCACGCGAAGUUAUUCUAUUUCGUAAUGGUACAUUUGUUUCAAAAGAACCUAUAUCAAAACAACAAACAUCUACGACAUUAUGUUAUGAAAAUGUAGCAUCUAAUAAUAAUUGCCAUCCAACACCGCCACCAUUACAUCAACAGCAAAUAACAGCUACCGGUUUACAAGCAGCUGCACAAAUUGUUGCUUGCAAUGUACUUCGACAAGCGACACUAAAUGAUGCAUUGAUCGAACAAUUUAUAAAACGUGAACCAGCGAAUACUGAUGAUGAUUCACCGAUCUAUUGCUAUUCAACUCCAUCUUUGUCAUCACCAUCAUGCACGAUGACCACAGCGAUGGAUGAAUAUGAAAAUAGUUGUUCAACAACAUUAAAAAUUCUUGGUUGCAAUACAACUGCACCAUUAACAUCAACGAAUACAACAACAACAACAACGAUCGAAUUACUAACAUUUGCUGCCUUGCAACAACGGCAACAACAACAACAGCAACAAUUUUGCUAUAUUAAACAAGAACCACUAACAACAACAACAACAACAACGUUUCUACUACCCCGAUUACUUCCAUAG